AAUAAGUGGAUGAAUGACACAAAUGUGUGAUUGAAUUGCAUUGCAUUUGACACUCGAUUCACACAAACAGACCAUUGAUUACAAACACCGCUCUUAUGUCACACGAAUUGGUGACCCAUUGAAGCCAUCACUCAAUUGAUCCGUACGUUUGCUGUCACACAAUCAGCGAUCAACACAUCGUCGCCUGAAGAUGGCUGAAGAACAGGAACAGGACUUCUCGAAGCUGUCGAUCGACGAUCGCUGCGCUCAUAAGAACUGGAAGGCGAGACUCAGUGGUUACGAGUCGUUGACCUCUUUGUUCCAGACGUUGGACGACGAGAAGAGUCCAGAGUUUGUCAAAUAUGCGCCAAUCGUCAAGAAAUUGGUCGUCGACUCCAACGCCGCCGCACAGGAAAAGGGUUUGGCCGCCGUUUUGGCGUUCGUCGAGAACUACGCGACGGCCGGGAAGUAUGUGGAGGGAGUGGUGUCAGGCAUUAUCACCAAAUGCCUCAUUUCACCCAAAGUCAAGACCCGAGAAACGGCUCAUGAGAUCGUUUUGAUGUUCGUUGAGAUCGAGAAACAAGAGUUAGUGAUUGAAGAGCUAAUCAAAGGGUUGGACAACAAAACACCCAAAAUAGUGUCGGCGACCGUUUCGCUCAUCAGACAGUGUCUUAACUCUUUUGGGGUUAAAAUCAUUAACGUUAAGCCUAUCGUUAAGAUAAUUCCCAGACUUCUUGAAGACAGAGAUAAGAAUAUCAGAGAAGAGGGAAAAUUAUUGUCUAUAGAGUUGUUUCGGUGGAUUAAAGAGGCCCUCAAACCGCAACUCCAGAACCUAAAGCCGGUUCAGUUGCAAGAGUUGGAGACAGAGUUCGAGAAAGUGAAGGACGAGAGACCGCGUCAGACGAGACUCUUGAGGUCACAGCAGGCAAAGGCCGAGUGCGGGGCCGAUGACGGCAAUGAGUUGGACGGAAACGCGGGCUCGCAUUCAGUGCCCGAACCGGAAGUGGUGAUCGAUCCGUACGACCUGAUGGAACCCGUGGACAUACUCUCCAAAAUACCCAAUGAUUUCUACGAGUUAUGUGAGGCUAAGAAAUGGCAGGAGAGGAAGGAAGCGCUGGAAAAGCUUCAGGAAUUACUGGACAAAAAUCCGCGCUUAGUUUCCGGCGAUUAUUCAGAUUUAGUGCGACUCUUGAAGAAAAUGAUCCAAAAAGACACUAAUAUUAUAGUCGUUACGAUUGCCAUCAAAUGUAUGGCCGCAUUGGCCACUGCCUUAAGGAAGGCGUUUCACGCGUACGCGAACUCUACUAUUUCUAUAAUCAUUGAGAAAUUCAAAGAGAAAAAGCAAACCGUUGUUCAAGCAUUGCGUGAAGCCAUCGAUGCGGUCAUCGUUGCCACAACUCUUGAGGCUAUCAUUGAAGACGUGACGACUGCGUUGGACAACAAGAAUCCUCAGAUAAAGAGCGAAACGGCACUGUUUUUGGUCCGAACUUUUGCUAAAACUCAUCCAAACGUAUUGAAUAAGAAAUUGUUGAAAACAUUUUGCACUUCUUUAAUGAAAACUUUGAAUGACAUGGACUCAACAGUACGCGAUUCAUCGGCUGAAGCCUUGGGAACCGCUAUGAAAGUGGUCGGCGAGAAGACUAUUACUCCAUUCCUUCAAGGAGUGGAAGCCAUCAAAAUGACCAAAAUUAAGGAAUUUUACGAUAAGGCAGAGGUGAAGGUUCAGGCGAGUGCUGCGCCCGUCGCCGCACCGGCCAAACCUCCAGCAGUGAAACGGCCGCCGAAGGCUAAUAUCGCCAAAUUUUCGUCAGACGAGUCGAUCGGAGGUUCGUCUGAAGAACUGAACGCUCCUUCGAAACUAGUGGCCAAAAAGGGUGUCAAUAAAGCUGUCAUUAGUAAACCGAAGAGUGCUAUGGGAAGGCCUCAAACCAAUGGUUCGGCAUCUGAUUUGGCGGCCAAUUCUGAGGGACAAAACAAACCUAAAUUUCUUACCAAAACUAAGACCACAAAAGUGACGACAACUAAACCGACCGCUAGUUCUAAGAAACCAGAAGAAGUGACGUCCACUUCACCGCUGAUGCCCUUAAAUAAGAUGAAAGAGCAGCGAUUGGCCGAUGAAAAGGCACUCAAAGUGUUGAAGUGGAACUUCACGACUCCGCGCGAAGAGUUUUACACUCAGCUUAAGGAACAGAUGAUUAACGCCGAAUGGCAAACAAAUUUGAUUACCAGUUGCUUUCACUCUGACUUCAAAUUUCAUAUAAAAGCAAUCGAUUCGAUGAAAGAGUUCUUAACGGUCGGCAAUUUGGAGGCCACGGCAGCCAAUUGUGAUCUAAUCCUCAAAUGGAUUGCCUUAAGAUUUUUCGAUACAAAUCCAUCGGUUAUUCUCAAAGCGUUGGAAUAUUUACUGCUUAUCUUCGAUGCCUUUCACACCAAUAGUAUUAAUCUUUCGGAUUCUGAGGCCAACUCUUUUAUGCCGUAUUUGGUUCUCAAAUCGGGUGACCCUAAAGACGCCGUUCGUAAUAAAGUACACGAUAUCUUCAAGACAUUGGGACAGAUAUACUCGCCGUCGAAGAUAUUCACGCAUUUGAUGACUGGUCUGCAGUCGAAGAACGCCAGACAGCGAAUGACGUGUUUGGAUGAGUUGGCGAAUCUGAUCGAGUCGUGCGGACUCAGUGUCUGUCAGUCGACAAUCUCUAUAACAAUGAAAGAAAUCGCGAAAUUCAUCGCCGAUAGGGAUAACGGCGUCCGAAACGCAGCGCUUAAUUGUGUGGUUCAGGUCUACUUCAUUGAAGGCGAGAGGGUUUACAAACACAUCGGACAGCUCUCUGACAAAGACUCGAGUCUUUUGGAGGAACGCAUUAAGAGAGCGUCGAAGAAUAGGAUACCACCGGUUCCGCCACAAUCAGCGCCCGCAGCUGUCAAUGUGUCGACUGUACCCAAAAUGACGAGCGCUCCCAAUAUAAUGCCCGAUCGACGCGAGAACCGAACUCCUAGUCCUCCGAACACUGCAACCAUUACUAAACAAUUCAGUGCAACGAAGACUAUAACCAGACAACGGCCCAAAUCUAUGGGUCCUUUGGGUCCACUUUCUCUGGAUUUGGAAGAAAUUGAACAAAGAGUUGGUUCUAAUAUGAAAAGAGAGAGAAGAACUCCGCCUAAGAAUAUAGGACUUACUUAUAGAGCGAGAGAUAUGUAUAGCGAGGAAAAUGUGGACGAAAUUCUCAAUUUACCGGACAUUCAGAUCCGAAAGAGUAUCUCUUCAUCAAUGGCUCCGAUGAAUAAAAUGCUGAACUCAUCGCCAAAAGCAGAUGUGGCGCUCAAUCUAGUGAUGGCUCAGUUGUCGUCGCAGGAAAUCAGUGCCGCAAUGGAAGCGCUCUCGCAGUUGUCUCAACUGCUGGAAAACGAUACAAAGGCUGAAGCAAUUCUCACACCAAAAGUGGAUCAACUCAUUAUAAUGUGUUAUAUGCAGUACAGACUCUUUCUGACCAAACAUUUGGCCGAUCAGUCGAUACCCAGAUCACAGGCCGUCGAUCUCUUCAAAGGAGUGACAAAUGUUUUGCUCACUUUGUUUUCAAAACCAUAUUUGGGUCGAAAGGCGAGUCGAGAUGUGUUGCGGGAACUCAUGUCACAUAUGAUACAACUUCUCGUUGACUCCAAACUCAUUGAAUUAAACGAAAACAAAGAGAUUAUUAAAAGUGUAAAUCUUUUGGUGUCGAAUGUGAUCGCAGGUUCCGACUCCACAAACAUUGUUUCGGCAUUAAUUAAAUUAUUACACGAUUGCGUCAGUAAUUCAAUCAACGCUUCGCCCAAAUUCAUGGAUAUGAUUAUGAAGUGCUUAUGGAAAAUAUGUCGAAAUCUCGACAAUUACAUCGAAAACAUGGUUAUCGACAAAGUUCUCGUUGAAGUCCAUCUCUUCCUUAAGGCGUUUCCAAGUUUGUGGUGGAAGGAGAACAACAAGAACGACACUCCGUUGCGAACCAUUAAAACACUCACUUAUCUCAUUGUACACCAAAAGGGAGAAUCGAUUUUCACUCAUUUGACUUUAAUUCAAGACCGAAAUGAAUCCGAAUUAUGCCAUUAUAUACAGAAAGCACUCAAACAGAGCGAUAAAUUAGUGAAAACUUGUUCUCAAAAGACAAACCAAAACUCUUCUCCAUUAAAGAUGACGAAAUCAGCGCAAAAUCAAUUGAUGUCAAUAUUGAGCAAAUUGGGAACCGAUGAGAAUCAGGACGGAAUGGAAGAGCUCUACGAAUUCACUCAAACUUAUCCUCAAAUAUCUUUAGAGCCUUAUUUGCAGAAGUCUUCCGAGAAUUUCAAAGACUUUAUAGCCGACAGUUUGCGUAAAAUGCGAGCCGAAAGGCAGACUUUAACCACUGGUAAAGCUCUCGAAACCAAUGGCAGUCGUUUGCAGACCAACAGCGCUAACGGCGAGGAGAGGUAUAAGCGGACGGCCUUUGCACGCGUGCCUCCGCCCCAGAACCAGAAGGAGGCGGUCGAGUGGUUGAAGUCAGCGGCCGGUUCUCUAGGCUUUGAUGCCAACAAAUACAACGAUAAGGACAUCAUUUCCCAAAUGUCUUCAACCGAAUCCAUCUCUAAUAUAGAAGAGGCGGAAAUGGCUGUCAGGAGAGCGCAGGAGACGCUCGAGAAGUUCAAGAAAGCGUACGCUAACGGACAGAACAGGACUACAUCAUUUCCCAAAUGGCUUCAACCGAAACCAUCUCUAAUAUAG